AUGUGUCCUAAAGUUGGAAGCAGGGGGAAUAGUUUCACCCCAAGUCUCCCAAAGUGUGUGUGUGUGUGUGUGUGUGUGUGUGUGUGUGUGUGUGUGUGUGUGUGUGUGGAGGGGACACCCUGGCCUAGAAUAGGAACAGGGAAGGUACUGGAGGUGUCCAUGGUUAGCUCUUCUCCUUCACGCAUUGUUUCUUUCUCCAGGGCAUUGAUGAUUCCAGCAAAGACAACCGUGGCGCCCAAGAUGCUCUGAACCCUGAAGAUGAGGUGGAUGAGUUCCUGGGCCGUGCCAUUGAUGCCCGUAGCAUCGACCAACUGCGUAAGGACCAUGUGCGCCGGUUCCUGCUCACCUUCCAGAGACAGGAUCUUGAAAAGAAGUAUUCACGGAAGGUAGAUCCUCGCUUUGGAGCCUAUGUUGCCUGCGCCCUUUUGGUUUUUUGCUUCAUCUGUUUCAUCCAGCUCCUCAUAUUUCCACACUCCACCCUGAUAAUGGGGAUCUAUGCUGGUAUCUUCCUGUUGUUGCUGGCCACCGUACUGAUCUGUGCUGUAUGCUCCUGCGGUUCUCUCUUCCCCAAGGCCCUGCACCGUCUGUCCCGUAGUAUCGUCCGCUCACGGGUGCACAGCACAGCGGUUGGCAUCUUUUCAGUUCUGCUUGUGUUCAUCUCCGCUGUUGCCAACAUGUUCACCUGUAAUCACACCCCCAUAAGGACCUGUGCAGCCCGGAUGCUGAACUUAACACCAGCUGAUGUCACCGCCUGCCACCUACAACAGCUCAAUUACUCUCUGGGACUGGAUGCUCCCCUGUGUGAGGGCACCGCACCCACCUGCAGCUUCCCUGAGUACUUCGUCGGGAACAUGCUGCUGAGUCUCUUGGCCAGCUCUGUCUUCCUGCACAUCAGCAGCAUCGGCAAGCUGGCUAUGACCUUUGUCCUGGGCUUCGUCUAUCUGGUGCUGCUCUUGCUGGGUCCCCCGGCCACCAUAUUUGACAACUAUGAUCUGCUGCUGGGCGUCCAUGGCUUGUAAGUCCAUUCUCAGCCCCUUUCGUGCCUCCCUGAUCCUUCUGCAUUGAGAGUCUCUGAUGCUGAGGCCCUUGGGAUGUACGACUCACUUGUGGAAGAAAGGGAAGUGGGCAGGGAAGAGUUCCUGGCAUGUGACCUCAGGUAGUUACCCCCCAAAAUUCCAGUUGUGACACAUUCCUAGAGCUUUAGGCUAGACCAAAAAAAAAAAAUUCCCCAACACUUGCACGGUGCUUUCCUACCCACUGGGUUUUGUUUUGGUUUUUUGAGUCAAAGUUUCAGUAUGACCUGUGUCUCAGGGAAGUUGCGACUGUUAGAACUCACUCUGUAGACCAGGCUGGCCUCGAACUCACAGAGAUCCACCUGACUCCGCCUCCCCAGUGCUGGGAUUAAAGGUGUGCGCCACCAUCACCUGGCUCUACCCACUGUCUUCCCAUGAGUAGUUCAUAGAGUUGCAUGGGGGCAGAGCUCUGGUCCCUUGUGAUACAUGGCCACCGCCUGUGGUGGGGACAGUAAGAGUCUGCUGGGUUUGAGUCCUCUGUCUGCUUCUCAUUGGCUUUGUAACCUUGGAGAGUGAGUUAACUUCUCUAAGCCUGAGUUUUCUCGUCAGUAAACGUCAGUAUGACCUGUGUCUCAGGGAAGUUGCGACUGUUAGAGUAAAGAACACUUCUGGAGCCUGAUGCUAGGCAUCCUAGGCACAUGCUAAACCUUUCAGAUGUGGUACUUAGGUCUAACC